ACUGACUGGAGUAUUAUAUUAUGAUUAUAAUGUAUUUAUAAGUAUGUGUUGAGCACAGUAAUGCAUUUCAGUUACUUGCAAAGGCAAAAGCUAUGAUUGUGCUGUUGGUUUUAGCAGUUGCUAUGCAACUGUGUGCAGCUACCCAAAGAUGUCCACCUGAUUAUUGUGUCGAUAAGGCUUUCCACUGUCCAUCAGUGAGUUGUAUUACAGGAUCCAUAAUAGUCCAGAUGGUUCCAGAGGCUUGUAGGUGCUGUGAAGGCUGUUACAACCGUUUGAAUGAAGGUGACAAUUGCGCUGACAUAGAAAAUGACUAUUGCGAUGAAGGAUUGAAGUGUGUCGACAAUAUCUGUAAAAAGGCAUAAGAAUAUUAUCCGCAAUAUAAACUCCAAUGCACUUAUAUAAAUAUAAUAAUAAACUGAAAUACGAAUAGUAGACGAUACUUUA